AUGUCGCGUAAUUUGUCGGAAACCGAGAGGAAAAAGAACCAAUUCGAUAAGGAGGAACGUGUUCAUUUAUUGGCUAUAAUGAAGCAAUAUGCUCCGUUGUUGGACACGAGCACCUCCACUCUGGCUCGUAAGCGGAUUUGGACGAUCAUCGAGGAGGAAUUUAAGAAAGCGGGCUUCACGCGCAAAACCUCUGCUCAGUUGAAAAAGUACUGGCAGAACUACAAGUACCAUUGCAAGAAGGCCAAAGUAUUGGGCAAGGAAAGUAAAAGAUGUAGAAAUUCAGGCGAUAACGAGUCCGUUGAAUGGAACCGAUACCAGAUCUUUGUCGACAAUCAAGCCGUGACAAAGUUUCCGGAAGUUUCCGAAACUCUUCGCUCGAUGUCCGAUCGUUUGCAAAGCUCGUCGAUAGAACCGGAAUGUCAAUCUACUGAAAUGUAUCAACACGAUGGGAGCUCAACUGGAAAAUUGAAUACCUCGGAUGCCUGCAUUGACUUGUCACGGGUGAAGAUGGAACGAAACGACGAGGAAACUAUGAGCAACUAUUGCGACAUGGAAGAAACGAAUCCGUUGAAGGAUUUAAGUCUCGAAGAGGACAGCUUGGAUGAGAAGAAAGAGAUUUUUAUGAACGAGGAUCAACUAGUGUCGCCAUCGACCACCACUGCGAAACAUAAAACGAGGAAUCGUAUCGUGGUAUCGAAUUCAAGAAUUUCCAACAACAGCGUCACGGUAUCCGUCAUUUAUCCGGAGGCUCGCAACGAAACAGACUUCCUAUCCAUCAGUAAAUCAGCGGAGGUAUCGUGGAACGAGUGCAAAGAGAAAUCAGAUGAUUUGAAUUUGAGUGAAAAUCCGAACGCUAUAUACCCUGCACCACUCGUCGAUUGUCCUAAUUUAUUCGAAUACGAUAACGAUCCAGGAAACUUGGAUAGGACAAAUGGAAACGCAAAUAACGAGAAGAUUCAUUUGUUCGGACAUGACGGAAGCGAGAAUUUCAUUCAAGCGAAACAGAUGGAUGAUGAUUUUGGUUGUACGGGAGGAAAGAACGAUGUCACGGUUCGAGGGAAAUGUCCGAAAACUCGGCAGAACGAUGCUUCUCGUUCGAGAGGUUGCGUGUUUUUGACCGAUUAUAGCAAUAGACUGAGACACCGGUUACUCUUGCAGCAGCUCGAAACGGAGGAGAAACGUUUGAAGGUAAAAAUCGCCGAGAUGACGUUUCAGGAAGUGCAGCUCAGGAUAAAGGCUCUGUACGAGGAUAUGCGACGCACCGAAGAACUGCAUCGGUUGCGUUUGUUGCAAGCGGCGGCUUCGGCGGCUGCUUCGACCGCGACGGCUACCAUUGGAAAUGGAAUGACGAACAACGUUUAG